GAGGAAGGCAGCAGCAGGUAGGGGGGAAAGAGGGAAGCAAGGCGAAAGCACAUACCAACGCGAGGGCCAGGAAGAAGCUGAAGACAUCAUGAUUCCUCGUGUGCUUGGUUUCAUUGUGUGUGGAGCCUGCGCCGCUUCUGCCUUCGUUGCCCCCUCCGUGCUUCGAUCACAGCAGCAGCAUGGCGAUACACCUUCACGAUACAGCAGCCGAAGCAGCUCCGUGGGCCAUCGCCGGGAGGCGAUGUCGAUGGGAGGGGAGCCGCAGUCCCGCCGAAAUGUCAUUGCAGGCAAGGGGGUGGGAAAGUCGGUGGCGGCUGCCGUGGGCGUGACGACGCUAGCGUCGGCGUCAGUCCCGGACGAAGCCGCGGCGUUCGGGCCUAUCAAGAUGGAGCUCACGGAGCCGGAGUACGCCUCGGUCGUGUGCCCGCCAAAAACGCAGGUCCCAGGGGAAAAGGCGGGAGCGGGACUUAAGCCAGUCUGCGUAAAGGUGACGGUUACGGCGAACAACCCGAGCCCGAAGGAGGUGGUGGACGCGGCGGUCUUCGGGUUCGUGUUCGACGAGGACUCGACGUCGGUGGUGGCAAACAACCCCGAUGGUGCAUCUGACGCCGGCCAGUUCGCCAUCAUCGACAAGAUCCCCAAGGGCAGCAGCCGAGUCUCCUUCCAGUUUGUGGCCGCCAUCGAGCCCGACGAGGACUUCAGCCUGAAAAAGCUCAAGUUCAAGUCCCUGAAGGCAAUUUCGUAUGCGGGGGGGCAGCAGUACGGAGCGAUCACGGAGUGCGAGAUGAACCCUCUGGCGGCAGAGUGCGACUUCGACUAAAAUCCCUGCCGACGUUUUGUUCCUUUCAAAGGGGUUGACUGCGUUCAUAGUAUCAUGGCACAUCUCAACUACAGCACAGUAGAUCGUGGAUGAGCGCAGAUUAGAUGGGAGGUUACAGGCUAGAGCUUAUUUUGGAUGACUAGUUAGAGGAAGGUGGGGAUAUAGGGUAGAGCUAGUCCCUGGGUGUUGGUGGGAUGUUGAAGAUGGUGUUCCAGGUUGUUGCUUCAUGGUGAUAGGUCGGUGAGGUAUUAUUACCGCUGGACCACUUCCGGCUGGGGGAUGCUACCCCUUGAGUGAUGUCGUUGCUACGAGCCCGUAUUGCGUGUACGAAAGCAGCCUUAGUUUUUCAUUUCGAUGUGCGUGCCUUUUGAGACAGCUAAGACGGCCAAUUAUAACCUCAGGAGCCGGCGUGAGCGGAUGCACUGCUUGCCAUGUGCACAUCAAGAGUGACUGCUGAACGAAAAUACACAAUGUGAUAUUGGUGGUGCUCUUCCCCCGAGGCAUUUCCUUGCGCCCCGUUCUCUGGGUCGCUCCCUUCUUUCGCGUAGUGUCUCGCUCGAGCGUGGUUCAAGUACUUGCACAUCUGAUAGAACGAAGGGGAGGGUAACAAAUGUGAGGCGAGAGGAUCAGCUAUGGGGGGAACGACGCCCACAAUUUAUUGCGGUUCAUUGUCAAACGCAAGAGCUUCGAGACAUUCUCUCGGUGUUUCUUUGCCGCCCUUUUUUCGUGCUGGCUUUUGCGUCAUACUGCGUUCUGCUUAAUCCUCGCCGUCGUUCCGUGAUUGAUGGUGCAUCGGCACGCGGUACGGCAUUGUAUUUGAUUGCAACUCCACCAGGAUGCGACGAGGUCGUUCUAGAAAUUCGACAAUUAUUUUUCGUGACAGCAACUUUCUACGCGUGCGUACAGGGGGGUUAGACUUGCCGAGACACCCGUCGUGAUGACAACCUCGUCCUCCA